CAGCUCAAGCUCCACCCUUCUGCAUAAACCAGACUUAAAGGGAUGUAUUGGAUAUUCUGGCGAUUCACAACUAUAAUACAGACUAGUGUAUCAAAAGCGUUGGUUGUCUUUAUGUUUUCCUCGACAAUACAGUUCUUCGCCUUAAUUAAGUCCCAUGUAAAAACGGAAACCUAUUGCUUAUGAGAAUGGGGGAUACAAGAAGUAACCUGGCAACAAACUGUCACCUUCAGGCGCGGGAAAAAUCGUAAACAACGCACACUGCAGAAGAAAGCACUUCGGUGGAUGUUUCUAUCAUGAUGGUUACGGACUAAUUCAGUAGCGAAACUAAACUAAUGUUUCAUUGUUAAGGUCAGGCAACUAUCGUGUUGCAAUAACUUGAUUAAGCUUUCGCUUGAUAUGUCUUCUCUAUAUGUCAAUACUAAAGAUGUAAACUAGUUAAUUCAAGUUAACAUUAAUGUUAUUUAAAUGUGACAGAUUCACCUUGAGUCAUUGACCCUGUUAACCAUGGAUCGAUACAACGAGGUGAAGCUUCAGCUGAAAAGCUGGGAGCAGAGGUUUGUUAAAGACCACCAGAGGAAACCAAACAAGGAGGACAUUGACCAAGCUCCAGAGGAGACAAGAAAGCUGUAUAAAGAAUACCGCGGUUUGAAAGAAGCCAAAGAAAACGGCAGCACUGACGGAGCCAGCGGUCGAGCGGAGCAGAGCACAUCUACAGCUGGGAUCAAAACUGUCCAGAAGGAGGCCGACUGUUGGGGUUCCCAUCUGAACCGCGGUUCACUUCCUACAUCUUCUCCCCGAUUGACACCUGAAGACAGAGGCAGUCUUAUGGCUUCGGCCCAGUACUACGGCUUAAAGCUUAAAAACAACCUGGCGACACUCUGCAAGGAGAGACCUCUCUCACUGAAGAAACCUGUCCGUCCCGGUCGGCUGCCUCUAAACUCUGUGAAAGACGGACAACGUGGACAGUCAAACAGCUCUGUUGCUGCAGCUGGACAGAUCGCUUCCUGUAACCCCAAAUCCAGCCCUCUGACACCGAGAAGAUUGACCAGUGGCCUGCGGUCCCUGAAAGUGGAGCCCGAAGAGUCAUUUCAACCAUUUGAACCUCUUAGAGAUUCCAGUGAAGAACUUGCAGGUGCUGCCAGCGGUUGUGGUACGACAAAUAAUAUAAGUAUUGAAAGUAGUACUAGUAAAGUUAUUGGUUCACAAAAUCCAAAUGUCCCUUGUCCAGCUCCCUCUCCGGCCAGACCUUCUGCCUUGUUGUCGUCGGUAUCUUCUUCACCCGGUGCAGGAAGUUCAAGACGAGCCGAUGAAACUUCAGGAACGCCACAUAAGGGCGUUGGCGAGACGGCUGUUGGAACUUUGAUGAGCUUGAGAGGAAGCGCCCAGGUUCUUGGAGGUUGCAGAAGAGGAAUUGGAGUAAGUGGCCUGGGAGGAAAGUCCUCUCCCGCCAGCAGACUGAGUUUUGUUGACAGGAAGUGGCUGGAGAGGUGUCAGGUGUUUGGAGAGAUGGGAGCUGAGGUGAAGCCCGGAGCAGGAAACCAGGAGGUCGAGCAAGAGAACGGAGGUGAGGGAGAAGGUGGAAGAGAAACUGAAGGAAAAAUACAAACGGAUGACAAAGUGGAGGGACAAGAAAAGGAUGCAGAGGUAAUAAGAAGAGCGGUGAAAGACUUGGAAAGUGACAAAGCGUUUAAGGGCACCACAAGUGAAGAAACAGUCUGUGCGGCGACAUCUUCUCAUCAAAGCACUGGAAAAAAACGAGGAGAAGGAGGAGGGGAAGAAAAGGCAAAAAGGAAGGGAGGUGAAUAUAUGGAGAAAGAAUUGACGCCCCCUUUAACGGCAGAAGACGACAAUAAAACUAGUAACAGAUCCAAAGAUACCAAAAAGAAGGGAAGAAAAAGGCAGAGAGAGGGGGAGAAAGAGGAGGGAGACACGGCAGAGGAGGGAGGAGUGAAGAAGAGGCGUAGAAAUGUCAAAAAGACAGAGGAGAGCUCCAAUAUAAACCCAAGGCCAGUUCAUGCAGGCGGGAAGAAAAGGAGAGCGAAGAAAAAGGGAGACGAAGAUGAGGAGGAAGAGGAAAAGAAAGAAACCAAAGAACCAAAAAAGGUUCCUCACGAGAACUUGUUAGGAGAGAUAGAGGAGGAAUAUGCAGCCAGGAGAACGUAUCGCACUCCGCCGGUCAAAGCCAGCGGCAAGAAAGGCUUAGAGGGUAACUUUGUGAAGAUCAAUCUGAAGAAGAAGUCUCACGUCAAAGGAUACGCCGUCAGAGGUGCAGGUCUACGGAAGCAGAUGUACAUGCAGAAGUUCCAGCUGAAAGGCGAACCCUUUGGUGGAGGCGGAGGUUUUUUUGGCAGAGGACGGAGGGGUGGAUUCAGAGGGGGGAUCAGUCGACAGGGAGACACCUGUUUCAAGUGUGGAGGGACCGGACACUGGUCCAUGGACUGCAAGGGACUAGCCCCUCCCACUCCUGUUGCCGAGGACCAGCCUGCCGAGGAGGAGCCGUUUGAACUGCCCACACUGGAAGAGGUUGCCAGGGCAACCGGCACACUACAACCUCGGCCACACGCGGCGUCUCCCAGUAUCACAGAGGAGCAGCCGCACAAAGAAACGGAGGUGGACAGUGAGCACAAAGACGAGGUGUUGCUGAAUGUCAUCCGUCCCGACUACGAGCGCCCCGCCCCUCCGCCACCGAUGGAACCGCUUUAUCCUCUCACAGACGAUGGCAAAGUCCAGGAAACCCCCGCUGAGGUUUACGCAGCUCUGACAGAAAUUGGCUAUCAGUCCUUCAGACCGGGACAGGAGGAAGCCAUCAUGAGGAUCCUGUCAGGUCUCUCUACCCUCGUAGUGUUGUCAACGGGGAUGGGUAAAUCGUUGUGCUAUCAGCUCCCAGCCUUCCUGUUCGCUAGGAGAUCGAAAAGCAUCGCUUUGGUCAUUUCACCUCUGGUCUCCCUCAUGGACGACCAGUUGUCUGGCCUUCCAGACAAUCUGAAGGCGGCCUGCAUCCACUCCAACAUGACGAUGAAACAGAGAGAAGCUGCGAUAGAAAAGGUGAAGUCAGGCCAGGUGUGUGUGUUGCUCCUCUCUCCAGAGGCCCUGGUUGGUGGAGGCGGUUCAGGUUCAGGCUGUCUGCCCUCGGCUCAGGAGCUCCCUCCUGUGUCCUUCGCCUGUAUAGACGAAGCUCAUUGUGUCUCUGAGUGGUCUCACAACUUCAGACCGUGCUACCUCAGACUCUGUAAGGUCCUGAGGGAGCGGUUGGGAGUGCAGUGCUUGCUGGGACUCACGGCCACGGCCACACUGUCCACCGCUAUGGACAUCGCACGACACCUGGACAUCACCGAUCAAGACGGCAUUGCGGUGCGAUCCGCAGCUGUGCCUCCUAACCUGCAGCUGUCCGUGUCCAUGGACAGAGAAAAAGAUCAGGCUCUGGUGUCUUUGUUGAAGGGCGAUCGUUUUGGUUGCCUGGACUCCGUCAUCGUCUACUGCACCAGAAGACAGGAGACGACCCGUGUGGCGGCGCUGCUGCGGACCUGCCUGAACGGAGUGCUGGUGAAAGAAAACAAAGAAACCAACAGCGGCGGUCAGACGCUACACAACCCCUUAGGACAGAGGAAGAAAGAUCUGGCGAGGAAGAAGAUCCGUAAGCCGCUGAAGUGGCAGGCGGAGUCGUACCACGCCGGCUUGUCGGCGUCGGAGCGCCGUCGCGUCCAGAACAACUUCAUGUGCGGGGAGCUACGGCUCGUGGUGGCCACCGUGGCGUUUGGCAUGGGCCUCGAUAAAUCUGACGUCCGCGGCAUCAUCCACUACAACAUGCCUAAGAGUUUUGAGAGCUAUGUCCAGGAGAUCGGGAGGGCGGGAAGAGACGGAGAUCCAGCACACUGUCACCUGUUCCUGGACCCUGAGGGUGGGGACCUCCAUGAGCUCCGGCGCCACAUCUAUGCGGACACAGUGGACUACUACACAGUUAAGAAACUGGUCCAGAAAGUUUUCCCUACGUGUAAAUGUAAACAGAUACACAAGAAACAGCAAGAACAACUUGAACUAGAAAAGGACAUCGAAGAUUCAGAGCUGAUGGAGAUGAUGGACGCGUGUGAUCAGGAGAGCAGCCUGUAUGCUCACACUCAGCAGCACACAGUACACACAGACACUCCGGCACUCUCUACCGCGCAGGAGUCGUCGCACACCGAUGCAGCGGGAACGUCCCCCGAGGGCCGGCGAGAGGAUGGAGGUGACCAAGGGGAGAAGAAGAAAGAGCAGACCGCUGAACAAAAAGCUGCCGGUUCCACGCGGCGCACGGACGUGGAGGCGGAAGAAGCUGCCGGUUGGCGAAGGGACCAGGAAGAGGAAAGCAGCGAUUGGCCCAGAGAGCGGGUGUGUCACACGCACGAGAGAGCGAUUCCCAUUCAGGAAACCGUGGAGGCUCUGGACAUCACAGAGGAAGGUGUAGAAACGCUGCUCUGCUACCUGGAGCUGCAUCCCCAGCGCUUUGUCGAACUUCUCCACCCGACGCUUUCUGUGUGUAAAGUCAGCUGCUACGGUGGACCGAGACAGCUCCAGAAAAUCACAAAAAUUUGCCACCCGAUUGCCGUGGUGUUGGCCAGAAAGCGGAUGGCAGGCGAGCGGGUGGAGACCCUGGAUCAGCUGGAGUUUGAUGUGGUCGAGGUGGCGGACACUAUGGGGUGGCAGCUUCCUCUGGUGAAGAGAGGAGUCAGACAGCUGCAGUUGAGCAGUGUUGGCGGACGCAGCGGAGUCCACGUUGAAAUGUCCUCCCUAUCGUUCUACUUCCGGUCCUUUGGCGACCUCAGCGACGAGGAGAUGGACAGAGUCUGUCAAUUCCUCCAUAAUCGAGUGCUGAACCAAGAGAGAACGCAGCUUUACCAGCUGACUGCCUGCUUCAAGGCCUUCAGGAGCGUCGCCUUCAAAAGUGCAGAGUCCUGUCUUGAAGAUCUGGAUGAGAGUCGCAGUCGCCAGCUGAAGGGCCUUCUCUCGGAGUACUUCGACAAGAGGCGAGACCAAGGUGUCGCGCUCGCAGCAGUGGACAUCGAGGAGCUCGACAAAUACAAGUUGACGGACUGGGAGAACCAGAUCAGAGCGGACAUCAAGAGUUUUCUCUCCUACCGAAGUGAUGAGAAGUUUUCUGGGAGAGCUGUCGCUAGGAUCUUGCACGGCAUAGCCAGUCCUUGUUACCCAGCUCAAACCUACGGCAGGGACCGACGCUACUGGAGGAAGUACAUCCAGUUCGACUUCAACCAGCUCAUCCGACUGUCCACUGAGGAGAUCAUUCGCUUCAAGUGAGCGACGGGAUGCAGAUCCACAUGUCUGCACUCCUGCCUCAUUCACUCACUCCCUCACUUGUACUCUUCAGUCUGGUCUUGAUGGAUUUAAUAGGUUAAAAACUUUCACCCUUGUAACAAUUUUAUUAAAUCAUGUUCAAUCUAUGUUUUGUACAAUGUUAGGUUUUGAUACUAAUAAUAUACAUUUGUUUUUCUUUAAAGACUGUAAUUAAAUAAAAUGUUAUUCUGUUUUUUA